CCCCUGUAACUUUCCAGUGCAGUUUCAUCAGGUUCCAAGUAAGCGUCUCCACCUCUUCAUACAGAAUGGAAGCUGAGAAACCACCUAUUUCCUCCAACCCUGGAGAAGGAAUGCCUACCAGUCAAGUUAACUAUGGCUAUCACCCACAUACAGGAGCAGUGCCAGCCUACAAUGCUACUGGUCAUUACCCUGCAACAACUACUGUGGUGACCAUCGUUGAAGACAAUGCUAUGAUUACAGAUCACAUCCUAUGGUCCAUCUUCAGCACCUUGUACAUGAAUUGCUGCUGCCUGGGGUUUGUUGCUCUUGUGCACUCUGUGAAGUCCAGAGAUCGGAAGUUCCUGGGUGAUAAAGUUGGUGCCAAGCGUUACAGUGACACGGCCCGCAGCCUGAACAUCGCUACUACUACUCUAACCUUACUAUGGUUUAUUCUCAUGAUCAUCUUAUUCGCAACUGGAGUCUGGACUGUCAACUAUGUUAACACACGUACAUAACGGAGCCAUUCCUGAAGCUGUAACCCUUCCUCCCCAUACUUUCUAUUUACUCUAUAUACCUUUUUAUUACCUUUUUAUUACUCCUAAAAUAAAACGUG